UUUCCUAUUGGAGUCACUAAAGGACUCUGAAUUUGAUUCUUGAUGCAAAGUAUGAUUUCUAAAAUCCCCUUUUGAGAUAAUCGGUUCCCGGUUCCCUUUUCGCGCUUUUUGUACGGGGAAGACAAUUCUGAAUGGGUAAUUUAGUUCGUCGGAUUUAGGAACGGGAGACUCCUUGUAGCAGCUAUAAGUUUCUCUCAGCCAAAUGAGGGCAUUUUGAUAAAUGUGGUGCUUAUUUGAAGUUUUUUACACUGGUAGGCACACUGGAAGCCUGCCCAUUCGCGGUGAGGCCUCCACAAAAGCGAUGCUGCAUGAGGAUAGGUUUCUGCUGCUGCUGCAGCAUCGGAGACUCUCUCGUGAUCAGCAUUUCGCGAAGCCUGCAUUCGAAACUGAAACGACCGAGUUUCGAAGUUGCGAGGUUGCUGGAGCAGCCGCCGCUGCUGGUCUGUCUCUUGCUGAUGUUGCUGCAGAAGCUAAAUGUGCAUCUGAAGUGAUGGGAACAAUGGGCGUUGCAUUAUCAGUUUGCACACUUCCAGGUCAGGUUACGUCAGACCGUUUGGGCCCAGAAAAGAUGGAAGUUGGUGUGGGGAUUCGUGGAGAACCGGGCGCUGCUGUGGUUGACCUUCAGCAAGUGAAUGCUAUAAUUACUCGUGUGCUGAAUCAGAUAUUAUCUACGGAAACUGGCUAUGUUCCUAUCACACGAGGUGAUAGAGUGGUACUCAUGGUCAAUGGGUUAGGUGCUACCCCUGUGAUGGAGAUAAUGAUUGCUGCAGGAAAAGCAGUUCCUAAACUGCAGCUGGAACACGGACUGGCUGUUGAUAGAGUAUAUACUGGAUCUUUUAUGACUUCUCUUGACAUGGCAGGUUUCUCCAUCACAAUAAUGAAGUCUGAUAAAUCAAUUCUGCAACGUCUGGAUGCUGUUACUAAGGCUCCCAAUUGGGCCUGUUGCUGUUGAUGGUCAAUGGUCAGUAUUUUGCAGCCAAUCGCCCUCCUUCAAAAAUCGCAAUGCCUUCAACGAAGAGUGAGGAGGUGAGUGCAAAGUAAUUUGCAAGCCUUGUGUCCAUGAUUUGCAAGACUUGUGUCCAUGCUUGAAAUACUUUCAUUACUGGGGUUAAGUCUUGGCUUUCCGGACUUCAGAUCCUUAGUGGGCUUGUUCCACUUUGUGAAACUUAAACUUGCCAUUAGAUGUUGCUGGAUAAUUUAGGAGAUUUCUUUGAUUCUCUAUCAGGACCUAAACUCAGGAACAUGCACUCAUCACUUGUACGUUAUAAAAAUAGUUCUUUUCAAUA